CGCACUCUCGCUUGACUUUUGUCCUUGGCUUCCUUGCUGUGGAACUGUGCGUCACCGCGCACCCAAUCACCUUGACUGUCUGCCGCUGCGCUGCGUAGCCUUUUCUGUCCUCGGCGGGAACACGACGUUGAAUAUAUCCUGUUUCUGCAUCGACCGGUCUGUCACAUCAGUAACAUAACAAGCAGCCUAAGGAAGAUAUGCCCGCCUAUCCCUCAACGUCCGGCGACGCAGGCCUUCAACCGCCUUCCGCCACUCAAUCCAUGCAAGACGAGCGAACUCCGGACCCCGAACCCACGGUGGUCAACACACCCAUGGUGUCCACAGCCGAUCUGCGCACAACUGGGUUGAGUGAGAAAGCCAAGGCAGCUCACGAUGACGAGCCCAGAAAAAGCGAAGAUAUGGAUAUCCGGAAAGAAGGCCCAGUUCAGGCAAUCAGUGCUUUUGAAAUCCCAGACGAUAAGCGAUAUCUUAAGGGAUCUCGCCUUUUCUUCGCCUUCUCUGCCAUGCUGUUGUCGAUCUUCUUGGUUGCCCUCGAUCAAACAAUCACCGCAACCGCUAUUCCUCGCAUCGCCUCCGAUUUCAAUUCCCUCGACUCGAUCACGUGGAUCGCUUCUGGCUACUUCCUUACACAAGCCGGCUUCCUCAUGCUUUACGGUCAAUUACUCAUUAUCGCCCCAACAAAGUGGGUGUAUAUCACCGCGAUCACGAUCUUUGAGUUGGGUAGUUUGAUCUGUGGAGUGGCGCCAAAUGUCAAUGUUCUUAUAUUUGGUCGAGCAUUUGCGGGUAUUGGCGCAGCCGGAAUUUUCGUUUCUAUCCUUUCUAUCAUCGCUCAGAUCACGCGUCUGGAAGACCGCCCCUUACUGUUCGGUUCCUUUGGCGCUGUUUUUGCCGUAUCCUCUGUGAUCGGUCCUCUGCUGGGAGGCGCCUUCUCCGACCACGUUACAUGGCGUUGGUGCUUCUACAUCAACCUUCCCAUCGGUGCGAUCUCGAUUGGAGUCAUUCUUCUUAUCAUCGAUGCCCGUCCCGCCAUUGGUUCAGAUGCAACAGAUGGCAUGACCACGUUCCAGCGCUGGCUGUACAUGGAUUGGAUCGGGGCACUCCUUUCUAUCGGCAUGGUCGUCACACUCCUGCUCCCCCUUCAAUGGGGCGGCAAUCUCAAGCCAUGGAACGACAAAUCCGUCAUCGCGCUCUUCUGUGUCUUCGGCGCAGUCCUCAUUAUGUUCAUCGCAUGGGAGUGGCACAUGGGUCCACGCGCCGUGCUUCCACUUGCUCUGUUCAAGCGCAGCACUCAAAUCGGCACCUGCCUCGAGGCAUUCUUUGUCAUGCUCGGCAUGCUUCUGGCCACCUACUACCUUCCCUUGCAGUACCAAGCAAAAGGCCACUCCGCUACCCAGUCUGGUAUCGAUAUUCUUCCCUUCAUGCUCUCCGUUGUCGUCGUCGCGGCGAUCUCCGGUGCUGUGAUAAACUUUACCGGCCGAUACUGGCCCUUCCUUUUCUUCGCACCACUUCUCACCUGUAUUGGUGCCGGACUGCUCUUUACACUCGAAGCCGACGCGCCGAAUGCCAGGAUGAUCGGUUAUCAGAUUCUCUUCGGCGCUGGUGUUGGCGGUGCUCUCCAGAACGUCGUCAUUGCCAUCCAGGCUGAAUACCACGAUAACGAGCGGAUGAUUCCACAAGCUACUUCUCUUGUCACCUUCUCCCAGCUCGUUGGUGGUGUCAUCGGCAUCUGCAUUGCAGGAACAAUCUUUUCCAACCAACUCUCUAAGGAGCUCGCCAUCUACGCCCCGAACCUCCCGGCCGAUGUAAUCCAAGGCAUCAAAGAUUCCGUCACCGUUGUGCAGACCCUCCCUGCGGACCAGCAAGGCCCCAUCAUCCAAGCAUACGUCAAAGCACUUGAUUAUGUCUAUCUGAUUGGUGUACCGGGAGGCGCGUUCGGAUCCCUUUCCGCCCUGCUCACGAAGAACCAUAACAUUAAGACACUCGGUGUGCAGUUUGGCGCUGGGGGUGCAUGAGCCUCCCAUGUCCAAUUUCCUCACACCAGGAAACUAGAUAUCCAGGGUUUCGGACUUCCAUCGUUCCUUAUAGAUUUGUCUUGCUUUCUCACUCACUCCUCCCAUCCUACCACAAUGUACGGGUUACUGUGCUGAAAAUUUGUCCGGCAUUUAAGGGCUUAGCGUAGAUCAUGUGUAACAAAU